AUGUCUGCAUCUGCUCCUAAGCCUGCCGACUUGACAAGAAUUCUAGGUGGGAUUUAUCUCGGUUCUUUACAGCCAAUUCAAGAUCAUACACCAUUACGCGCACAGUAUAAUGUUACACACAUAUUAUCCAUCAUUCGAUUCCAAAUUAUUCCAGAAUAUUUAGUUCGUAAAGGUUACAGUGUGAAAAAUAUUCCAAUAGAUGAUGAUAUGAAAACUGACAUUUUAAAAUAUAUUAAUGAAUCGAAUAAAUUUAUUGAUCAUUGUCUAUAUCCAAAUGAAGUUGAAUACUCUCCUGAUAAAGUAAGUUUUAAGGGGAAACCUCAAAAGAAUGCCAUUUAUAUUCAUUGUCAUGCCGGUGUUUCUAGGUCCUCUACAUUUGUCAUCGCUUAUUUGAUGUAUAGAUUUAAUUUAUCAUUGAAAAAUGCCCUCUAUGCUGUUCAAAGAAAGAGGCCAUCGAUUCAGCCUAAUGAAAAUUUUAUGAAGCAAUUAGAAAUAUUUGAAAGAAUAGGUUCUUCCAACACCGAUAUCAUAAAUAACAAAUAUUACAAACAAUGGAAGUUAGAAAAUUCAAUCGAUAACUAUGAGGAUGAUCGCGAAAAUCUAAUUAAUGAUGAUAAUUUUUUUAAGUCUGAGGAAGAUAUUAACAAUUAUAUUUCAAAAUUAUCCAUCACAGAAAAGAAGAAAAUUGAAGUUGCUCGCUGUAAAAAGUGUAGACAAAGAUUAUCGUUAUCAUCAUCAUUUAUUCAGCAUACUCCUCCGAGUAAAGAAUCUUCUGAAGCUCAUUUCCUUAAGAAAAAUAAUGGUGGAAGAAGAGGUGUUCAAGAAUCUCAAGAUGUAUGCUCUCAUUAUUUUGUAGAACCCUUAAACUGGAUGAAAGGAGAAUUGCAAGGUAAACAAGAAUUAGAAGGGAAAUUCUCAUGUCCGAAUUGUUCAAGUAAAGUUGGUGGAUACAAUUGGAAAGGUUCGAGAUGUAGUUGUGGUAAAUGGGUUGUACCUGCGAUCCAUAUUUUAUCGAACAAGGUAGAUCUGUUUCCUCUGCAAACUAUUGAACUGCCUAAUGUUGUAAAAUUUGAAGAAAAAAAAGCAUAG